CUUAGGAAAUAAAAUUCAGACAAGCCACUUCACAACUCCAGAACAAUGCUGGAGUUAGGAAGUUCAAUUUGAUUAUUUUUCAAACUUCUAACUCAUUCCUUGGUUUUGCAGUAUCCCAUAACAGUAUCAGGAAUCAUGUUUUAAAUGCAGAUUGGAAGCACUAAAGGAUAACUCCUACUUUAAUAUUCAACUAGCCAAAUGCUAUCUGCCUCCAGCUAUUUCUCUCUCAUCUGUACUUACUUGUACUUACUUGCAGCAUCAUAGUGUCAUUUAAGGCUUAUCUUUUCUUUUCUUUUUUUUUUUUUUUUUGUGUCUCCCCAGGUUCUAAUGGGAGUCUUUCGUCUGGGUUUUGUAUCUAUGUACCUGUCUGAAUCAGUACUAGAUGGCUUUGCAACUGGCGCUUCCUUAACAAUUUUAACAGCUCAAGUGAAGUAUUUGAUUGGAAUAAAAAUCCCACGUAGCCAAGGGCACGGGAUGCUUGUUAUUACUUGGAUUAACAUUUUCAGGAACAUUUCUCAGGCUAACAUUUGUGAUAUCAUUACAAGUGCCAUUUGUAUUGUUGUGCUGGUUACUGCUAAGGAACUGGGAGAUCGUUACAAGCAUAAGCUGAAAUUCCCUCUUCCCACAGAGCUGGUAGUUAUUGUUGUGGCGACACUAGUGUCACAUUAUGGAAACUUAAAUGAAGUGUAUUCAUCCAGUGUCUCUGGAGCUAUUCCAACAGGAUUUAUUGCCCCCAAGGUACCACGUUUUGACUUAAUGAUCCGUGUCGCUAUAGAUGCCUUACCUCUUGCAGUAGUCAGCUUUGUCUUCACUGUUUCCCUUUCUGAAAUGUGUGCAAAGAAAUACGCUUACACUAUCCGAGCCAAUCAGGAAAUGUUUGCUGUAGGGUUCUGCAACAUCAUUCCCUCUUUCUUCCACUCUUUUGCAACAAGUGCAGCUCUGGCAAAAACACUUGUGAAAACAUCUACAGGCUGCCAGACUCAAGUCUCUGGAGUGAUUAGUGCAAUGGUGGUUCUGCUGGUACUACUCUUCUUGGCACCUCUCUUCUACUCCUUGCAGAAGUGCGUCCUGGCUUGUAUCAUCAUUGUCAGCCUUCGAGGAGCUCUAAGAAAGUUCCGGGAUGUGCCAGCACGGUACCAUGUGAAUAAGGUGGACACAGUGGUUUGGGUCGUUACUAUGUCUGCCUCUGCCUUGAUCAGCACAGAAAUAGGGCUAUUAGUUGGCAUUGUUUUCUCCAUGUUAUGCAUCAUUGUUCGGACACAGCAGCCACGGACAGCCCUACUUGGUCAAAUCCAAGAUACCAACUUUUAUGAGGAUGACUUAGAAUAUGAAAAUCUCACUUUGGUUCCAAAGGUCAAAAUAUUCCGUUUUGAGGCACCACUUUAUUAUGCCAAUAGAAACUAUUUCCUAAAGUCUCUGUACAGACUGACUGACCUAGAUCCUAACUUAGAAGCUGCCAGAAGGAAGAAAUAUGAGAAGAAGGAAAAGCAGCAUCUGAAAAAAGAAAAUCAACCAACUGUUAAUGGACUGGGCAGCAGAGACACCACUCUGCAACUAGUCCCUAAGCAAAUUGACUUCCAAGCCCUUGUAGUAGAUUGCUCUUCCAUCCCAUUUUUGGACACCACUGGAGUCAAUACUCUAAAGGAAAUUCUAAAAGACUACAAGGAGUUAAAUAUUUCUGUUCUCUUAGCUUGCUGUAAUCCCUCAGUGAUAGACUCUCUGAAAAGAGGAGGUUACUUUGGGAAAGAUUUUGGAAGUAUGCAAGAAAUGCUGUUCUACAGUAUACACAAUGCUGUGCGGUUUGCAAAAGACCAAAAGCUUACAGCAGACUGCUCUGUUUAAUCCCAUGUUUUCCUUGACAAUACGCUAAAGAAAGUGACAGAUGGAGAAGGGCAGUUUGCAAUAAUUAAGUUAUCAGAUACACUGUUGGUUUUGUACAGUAAUGGGCCUACAAAACAUUGUUCCCUGAAGAGUUCUGCAAUUUAUUGGAUGCCGCUUAGAAUAGCCCCUGGGGAUGCAGUCCGGGGCCAGGCUGGGACAAGCUGGAUAAUUAUCUGCACCUCAAUUUCAGAAUGUGGGUGAAAAAGAAGUGCAUCUUGGGGCAGUUUUCCUCCUUCUGCCAUUAUAAUACAUGCCCAAAUAUAUGUGUCAUGGGACAGCUGUGGCUGGAAGUCUGUCAAGAGCCAUCUGCCUCUCCCAGUUGUUUGUGUUAUGAAGGAUGAGCCAUAUAUCCAAACACAAUGGAUCUCUGAUCAUGGACACAUAAUGGUUUAAACUCUGGCUUGCAAAGCCCUGUCCAUUCCAUCAUUCAAGACAUGCACUUUAGCAACUCCCAGGACUUGCAAACAAGUAAAAUGUAUAAAGUACUGUGGGAUGUGUUACGCCUCUCCUCGUCACCUUGAUUGCAUGGGCCUAAUGACACAACUUGCCACAAGUGAAGAAACCACAGGCUAUCACCAUUUCUCUCAAAACCAUCUUCUCAAGAUAACUUCCUGGAGUCACUUGUGAUAUUGGAACCACCAUAUGUUAAUUAGUUACUGAAGGUUUCAAUACCUCUAGUAACACAGGAAGAAACAUGACCCCGAUGCACAAUUUUCUUGUGUCUAAGGAGAAAAGAUAUAUGAGAUUAAGAGAACAGAAUGGCUUUUCUGGCAAUCAUAUAGUUACCUGAGUAGUUAUAUCACCCUGUCAAAAUUACCUCUGUUGAUGCAACUCUAAUCAAGGGACACACAAGGAUCACUAAAUAGAAACCCCAAGACUGCAAUGCAGCACAUCGUGCCCUUCCUACAGCAGCCUGCAAAAGUAAAAGGGUAAGUGAAGAAAGCAGGAGAAAAGAGGAUAGAAUGAGAAGUUAAUCUGUGAUCUACCAUGUAGGGGAAUGGUUAGUCAGUCAAAAAUGCCAGACUGAUACUCUCUGAUGCACUUCUAACGAAGUAUAUAUAGUCCACAGCAGUAUAACUAAUCCAAGUAGAGCAAUGCUUUAUAAGUUGUGUAUCCCCAAACACUAGAAAAAUCUCACCACACUCCAGACCAUUCUACAUACUACUGACUUUUUUUUUCCCCACCAAGUAAUUCUUUGUUAUACAUCUAAUAACCCAUGUUUUAUAGGUCUGUGUUAAUUUUCAUGACAAUUUGCAUUGAGUUAUUUAUUCUGUAUGGUGUCAAAUGAUACCCUCAGAGUCAGUUUUGUUGCUUUAUAUGUAUGCUCUCUCUAUACAAAUAAGCAUACAUCUAGAUUUUGAUUCUAGUUGUACUGAUUUUAGUACUGUCGGUACUUAGUGUUCUAGCAUAUGGCAUUGACAGAAAACUCUUACAGUGAAGUCUAAAAUUACCCGCAUCAAAGGGAGGACAGCUGUCCUACCUUUCUCUUCUUAUUCAUGCCUAGUUCACAUGUGGAACCAAGCAUAGAAGGAAACUGUCACAGUUGUGCUUUGUACACUUAGCAGACACCAGAAAUAGAUUACAUGUAUGCUGAAACUAUUUCCUAGAUAUACCAUUAAAACAAAUGCCACACCGACAAAUUGAAAUUUUUUCAAUUUUCAGGUCACUGAAUGGAAAAACAAUCAAACUGAGGUUCUCCAGUUGCCCCAGAGCCUGUUUGGUUCUCAAGAGCACAUAUUUCAUUUAAAAAAAAACAAAAAAAACCAUGCAUUCCCAAAAGACAAAAUAAGAAGUGUCUUAAUAGGGAUUGAGAGUAGCACAGUAUUAGCUAAGUGACUCAAUGCUGACAUUCUCAUGUAUUCAUUACAGAAAAGUCUAUCAACUGUACACUGCUAGCACUGCCAGAGCAGUAAGCCUGACAGAAAUGCCUGUCUAGAUAUUACAAGAUUGACCACUGGCAGCCAAUUCCUGCCAUAAAACAAUUAAAUAAUAUAAUUCUUUAAAGUGCUGACUUGGUACGACUGGCUUAUUUUUGUCAUAAAAACAAAUGGACAAAGUCCAAGGACAAAGUGUUGUGUUUAUUUUUGUUUGUAACCAUUCUUUGAUCUGGGAGUAUCUCUUUUAAUGUUUCGCCAGGAAGUCACAAGAGGAAGUGGGUUCACAAGAAUUAGAGCUAGACAAUUAGUAACAAUACAGACAAUUUUAGGCUGCUGUGACCAAGUAAGCUGCUGUUGGAAGUCAACUUAAAUUUUUUCAAUAGAAAAGAAAAGCAUUUCCUAGCAAUCUACAUUUCAUUUAUCUUCAUGAAUCAAGUCACCAACCUAGAACAUAAAAGGGAAAAAAAUAUAAAUUCCUUUGACUCUUGAUGAAAAGAAAAAAAAAAAAAAGAAAGAAAAACAACUAUCCCCAUGGAAAGUGUAUGCUUGCAGCAACCUUUGGGGAAAAAUAAGCAGAAGUUGCCCAUGCAGUUCUUUUUUACCCAUCAGACUGAGAAAAUAAGUUGGAAGCCUAUUUUUCAUCAUAUUUUUGUAGGAAUGUCACCAAAGGAGAGCAGAGAAACUCUUCUAUGCACAAGAAGGGGCUUGAGCUUUUACUAGAAGGAAACCAUCCAGCAGAAGAAAGUUUAAGAACCAUUACCUGUUUCAUUGACAGAUCUGACUCACAAUCAAGUUGAGUUGGACAGCAAAAAACACAGCAGGGAAAUGGCCUUCAGUGUGAUGAUGUAGGGAGACCACGAAUUACUUCAGAGUACACAAAAUGUAACUUAAAAAAAAGUAAGCCCUUUUCCAUCAGGUUAAUGUUCCAUCAGGUUAAUGUCUGCAUCAAGACUAAGCAUAUGACUGAAAAUGUUACAAACUGCCAAUUCUCUUCUCUCCUACUGUACCAUGAACUAUGUACUGUGACUUGGGAGAGGAGCUGGGGAUAUUAUUGUAAUUCCAACUAGGUUAAUACUAAUUUUGAAAUAAAAUUGUUAUAUGACUAUUAGAAAAUGUUAUAUCUAUCAUGUAUAUUGACAAUAUUUUUGUUCACUAUGGUGCCUUGCACAGAUCAUGUAUCCAACAAACUUUAGUACAGCUACAUAACAAUAGGAACAGGACCUCAUCUUGAGGACUGUGUGAUUCCCAUGGAGCUGGGCACAGAGUUGAGAGUAUGUACUUCCAACUCUUCUCUUGAUUACUGGCAGAUAGCCAGAAUACAUGGUCUAGGUUCCAGAAAUAGCUACAUUUAUUGGAACUGCCAAAUGAAAUCCUGGGAACUGUCCAGUCCAUGAAAGAAACUAUGAGUUCCUGUGUAAUCAUGAAUCCUAUGUCUCAUGACGUGGAUAUAAAUGUGUGUUUUUGGCUGAAAAAUAAAAAUAACAGUUCUUUAAGCUUGCCUCUUGGUAUACUUUCAUGGGUGGUAAAAUAAAAGGGUAAUGUGGAAUAAAGGACAAAAGGUAGGUCUGGUGUCCUAGAAAAGAGUUAAAACAUAGGGGUGCAUUUGGAAUUGAGGCAACUAUUAUUAGAACACACAAUGAGGAAGAGCACUCUAGAAGACUGACAGUUUUUCCACUUCUACAUAGACGCAUUUGUUUUUGGGUGGAAUAUUUAUAUCACCUUUUUACACAUAGCACAACUGGAAAGAAAAGCAACAUGUUACUGCUGGCCAUCCUCAGUGGUGAAACCUCCCAACACACUGUCUUCUGUAGGUAGAUCACAUCCUUUCUAUUCACCAGUCUCACAAUAUAAGCCAGCUUUGCUGUUACAGGGAUCUUGUUCAGAUCCUCUCUAUGUUGUUCUGGUAAUCACUGGUUUAGAAAAAGAAUUGCAAAUGCACAGAAGUAAGCAUCAGCACGGAACUUCUCCUGUUCUGAUUUGCGACCUUAAACCUAUUCCUUCUUCCAAGCCCAAUGUUCAUCUGCAGGGCUCAUGCUGUCUCCCUUUCUAAACAUCACUGUUGCUGAAUUUACUGUUUGUCUAUCCAGUGUUUAAAUGCCAUCUUUGGAAAAUGUACCUUUUUACAAAUGCGAUCAGAUAAGCAACAUCCUGAGCCAAGCUGAAUUUUAAGAUUACAGUUUUGGAUUUUUAUUUAUUGAUUGAUUGUCUGUUUGGUUUCCUCCUACAGCAAUCACUCCUGUUCUAGGGAUCUUCAUUUUUUAUUCCACUGGGCACACUGAAUCACAGAAUAAUAGAAAAGUUUGUGUAGGAAGCGACCUUGAAAGACCAUUUAACCCAACACCCAGUCACAGAAUGGGACAUCUUUCACAUCAGGUUGCUCACAGCCCUGUUGUUCAACCUGACUUUAAACACUUCCAGUGACGAUGCAUCUGCAACUUAUCUGGGCAAUCUGUUCCAGUGUCUCACCACUCUCAUCAUAAAAAAUGUCUUCCCUAUCACAGAAUAGUUGGGUUGGAAGGAAUCAUCUAUUUUCAACCCCUCUGCCAUGGGCAGGGUAUACCAUCCAUUAGAUCAGAUUGCUUGAAGUCCCAUCCAACCUGGCCUUGAGCACUUCUAGGGAAAGGGUAUCCGAAACUUCUCUGGGCAACUUGUAGUAGUAUUCUACCACUCUAAUAUUUGAGAUUUUUUUCCAGUAACCAACCUAAAUUGAUGCUCUUUUUACUUAACUUACUCCUUGUCCUAUCACUACAUUCCCUGCUAAUAAGUCCCCCUCCCUCUUUCCUGUAUGAAGCCUUCAAGUACUCUAAGAUGUUAUGAAGUCUCCCCUGAGCCUUCUCUAGGCUAAUCAACCCCAGCUCUUUCAGACUCUGCUGAAAGGAGAAGCGCUGCAGUCCUCUGAUUAUCUCCAUGGUCCUCCUCAGGACUCACUCUAAAGGGUCCAUAUAUCUCUUGCACUGGAGGUCCCAAAAACUGGCUGUGGUACUCCAGGUGAGUCCACAGAAUAGCAGAAUAAAUGGAAAUAAUU